CAGAAAAUUUCCUAGUAAAGAAAGAACAAGAAAAAAGAGAAGAAAACACUUGAAACUAUUGAAAAAUGCAGUCUGCUAAGGAAACAGCGGCCAAUGUUGCAGCUUCAGCAAAGUCUGGAUUGGAGAAGACAAAAGCCACCGCGCAAGAAAAGGCUGAGAAGAUGACCACUCGUGACCCUUUGCAAAAGGAGAGAGCCACGGAGAAGAAAGAGGCCAAAAUCAAUGAAGCGGAGCUCCAGAAGCAUGAAAUGAGGCAGGCAGCUAAAGCAGGCAGAACAACCGGUCAUGGGUACACCACUGGGGGCACCACCGGCUACACAACUGGGCCCGCCACCACCGGCACCGGCUAUACAGAUACUGCUAGGACAGAUUACCCAUCUGGAACUACUACUGAGGGUGUGGUUGGGUCCCAAUACCCUCCUGGGACAAACACUGGAGGGGGCGGAAGGGUUGGAGUUCAAGACCCUGAUGCUCCCAGAGGUAUCGGGGCUGGUUAUCAACAUCGGGAUACAGAUACAUAUUAGGGUGUAACGAUUUAAUAUCAAUGUAUGGGAAUAGGGGCUAUAAGAAAUAAAUAAAAUUAGGCGUGUGGUUUAUAUUUUGGUUUCCACAGUCUGGUCUGGUGUCUGCAGUGGACAUGUUACUUCUGUACAGUUGAUGUUUUCUCGUCCAACAUCUAUAAAAUAAGGUGGUUUGCAUUUAA